AACCCAGCCGCCAUAGAGAGAGGAUGGUGAGUGCCGGGUGGGGUAGCCAGAGGCCAGCAGGCUCCCAGGUGCUGUCCCGUGGGCUGGGGGAAGAGAGCCAGGGACUUCUGUGCUUGCACUGGGGCUGGAGAGCUAGUCUCCAGAGGUAGGAAGAGGACCCUGACCUAGGCUCUCCUGGGAAUGCUCAGGGAGUGUGCAUGGGAAGGGGGGAGUCUUUGGGGAGCCGGGCAGAGGACCUCUCCCCACCGACAGUGUUGCAGGCCAGCAGGAAGGCAGGGACCCGGGGCAAGGCCGCGGCCACCAAGCAGGCCCAGCGAGGCUCUUCCAAUGUGUUCUCCAUGUUCGAGCAAGCCCAGAUCCAGGAGUUCAAGGAAGCCUUCAGCUGCAUCGACCAGAACCGGGAUGGCAUUAUCUGCAAGUCAGACCUUCGGGAGACCUACUCCCAGCUCGGGAAGGUGAGCGUCCCAGAAGAGGAGCUGGACGCCAUGCUGCAGGAGGGAAAGGGUCCCAUCAACUUCACCGUCUUUCUCACGCUCUUCGGGGAGAAGCUGAAUGGGACAGACCCUGAGGAAGCCAUCCUGAGCGCCUUCCGCAUGUUCGACCCCAGUGGCAAAGGUGUGGUGAACAAGGAUGAGUUCAAGCAGCUUCUCCUGACCCAGGCAGACAAGUUCUCUCUGGCCGAGGUGGAGCAGAUGUUCGCCCUGACGCCCAUGGACCUGGCCGGGGACAUCGACUACAAGUCUCUGUGCUACAUCAUCACCCACGGGGACGAGAAGGAGGAGUGAGCUUGGCGCGGCUGCGACUCAGGGCCAGCCUGUGCCGACACAGCAAUAAAUGUUUCCAAAUCACACCUGCAGU